UUGAAGGGAAUUUUCCUUGACUUUGGUUUUUUUUUUCGGUUUUUUCUCUUAAUUUUAGUGUUUAUUAAAUUCUUUUGUUUCUCGCUGAUUUCCAACAUCGAUUUCAUAAUUUGGCGUUUUUUGGCGAAUAUUUUUUUUAGUAUCACUUGUGUGUUGUAGUCAAAAAGACAAAAUAAAUUUUUCCCGUUAAUGGGCGGGGUUUAAGUGAAUUUUUUCGAUUAGAACGCUAAAAAUGGAUCCCACUUUGCCAACUGCACAUCAAAGCGAUGCACUGGAUAUAAUUGGCAGCAUCAUUGGCUGUAUGCAAAUCAUCAUAUUCACCAUACUAUUGAUGUGCUCUGGUCAUUUUGCCUUCAAUUCACCCUCGUGUCCCUUCGACAGCUCGAUGCACGAUUGCCUUGGAGUAUUUUGUCUAAUGUUGGUCAUGUUCGUAUUAUCGUUCAUCUUGGCCGUGGCCAUAGCAAUGCGCCAUGCUUGCUGUAUGCUACCCUGGCUGAUAAUAUCCGUGAUAGUGACUAUAGGCGGCAUCAUUUACCUUUCAAUAUUUCCACAUCUGUUGCUGGCGGUUUUCGGAUGUUUGAUACUGUGUCCUUUAAUAUUGACCUGGUAUCCCCUGUACAAACUCUACAACAGAUAUCGCCAGCCACUUAGACAUCAACCAGAGCAACGCCUUUCCUAUGGCUUGGAUGAGCUGUAUACCCUGAAUAGGGCCAACAAAGUACUAUACGCAUGCCAAUAUCCUGCUCCUAGUUCGUUGUAUUCUGCUGAAAUAAUGCCUUCCCGCCGUACAUCUCAGUAUACGGAUGUCGGUAGUCAAUAUGAUGCGAGAAGCAUGAGCGCUGAUUCAAAUAACCAUUAUGUUUUGAAUAGUCCCGCUCCCGGUUGGAGAAUUGGUUUAUAUCCAAAAAUGUCGAAUAAAGUUUAUAUUUAGUGCU